CGCCGGCGGCGGCGCCCGGCCUGCUUCCGCUUCCCGCCGCGGCGCGCGCCGAGCUCCCCGUCGAGUCGGUGAUCAUGGCAGCCACGGCCACGAUGGCGACCUCGGGGUCGGCGCGGAAGCGGCUGCUCAAGGAGGAGGACAUGACCAAGGUGGAGUUCGAGACGAGCGAGGAGGUGGACGUGACGCCCACCUUCGACACCAUGGGCCUGCGGGAGGACCUGCUGCGCGGCAUCUACGCCUACGGUUUUGAAAAACCCUCAGCAAUCCAGCAGCGAGCUAUCAAGCAGAUAAUUAAAGGGAGAGAUGUCAUUGCACAGUCUCAGUCUGGCACAGGCAAGACGGCCACCUUCAGCAUCUCUGUCCUCCAGUGCUUGGACAUUCAGGUUCGAGAAACCCAAGCUUUGAUCUUGGCCCCAACAAGAGAGCUGGCUGUGCAGAUUCAGAAGGGCCUGCUUGCUCUUGGGGACUACAUGAACGUGCAGUGCCACGCCUGCAUCGGGGGCACCAACGUUGGCGAGGACAUCCGGAAGCUGGACUACGGGCAGCACGUGGUCGCGGGCACGCCGGGCCGAGUCUUUGACAUGAUUCGUCGCAGAAGUUUAAGGACCCGAGCUAUCAAGAUGUUGGUGUUGGAUGAGGCUGACGAGAUGCUGAAUAAAGGAUUCAAAGAGCAGAUUUAUGACGUGUAUAGGUACCUGCCUCCCGCCACGCAGGUGGUUCUCAUCAGUGCCACCCUGCCCCAUGAGAUCCUGGAGAUGACCAACAAGUUCAUGACAGACCCCAUCCGCAUCCUGGUGAAACGUGAUGAGUUGACCCUGGAAGGCAUCAAGCAGUUUUUUGUGGCCGUGGAAAGAGAGGAGUGGAAGUUCGACACCCUGUGUGACCUCUACGACACGCUGACCAUCACCCAGGCCGUCAUCUUCUGCAACACCAAGCGGAAGGUUGACUGGCUGACGGAGAAGAUGCGAGAAGCCAACUUCACGGUGUCUUCCAUGCAUGGGGACAUGCCCCAGAAGGAGCGGGAGUCCAUCAUGAAGGAGUUCCGGUCCGGGGCCAGCCGAGUGCUCAUUUCCACAGACGUCUGGGCCCGGGGCCUGGAUGUCCCUCAGGUGUCGCUCAUCAUUAACUACGACCUGCCCAACAACAGAGAGCUGUACAUACACAGAAUCGGGCGCUCUGGGCGGUACGGCCGGAAGGGUGUGGCCAUCAACUUCGUGAAGAACGAUGACAUCCGCAUCCUGCGGGACAUCGAGCAGUACUACUCCACACAGAUCGACGAGAUGCCCAUGAACGUUGCUGACCUGAUCUGAGCUGAGGACCGCCCGCGCCGCUCUCCGGCUUCCUGUGUGGAUUGUCAGGGCAGUGUCUGUGAGAGGUUGUGCAAGCUCUCAGCCCCCAAAGACAGCCUUGGGGAUUCACUGUCCUUUCUUAACGUGUAAAUAGUGCAUUGCUCCGUUUUUUCAUUAAACAUUGAAUUUUUUUUCCC